AUGGCCAUCAGCCGUGCCGAGAAGAUUCAGCAGCGAGCUCAGAAGACCGCUGCGACCAAGUACGCCAAACGCUCGACCAAAGCUCUCAUCCUCGGCGACGGCGUGACGCUGACUCGAAGCACCGACAGGGCGGUCCGAGAGUUGAUUGGCAAGUCGUCCAGCACUGCCCUCUCGCCCAAUGCCCGCCUUAGCAUCAGGAAGGGACAGACCGAAGCGCCAGUGCUGCUUGCCGAUCGCCGCUGCCUCCAGCAGGUCGCCAACAAGCUUGGCUGGGAUAACCUCACGCCGUACGACUUUCGGCGCACGUUUGCAACGAUGGCGAAGAAUUGCGUCCCGGAAGACCAGCCCAGGCUCUUGAUGCGCCACCGUCACUCGCGCUCGCACGCUGCCGAAACGGUCAAGGAUUCCCCCAAGAAUCUCAAGUAUACCACGACUUUCAUCAUCUCCGAUCUUAUCGCGACGAGGGCAACGAAGCCAGGCUCGAUGCCUUGCGAUGCAUCUCCCCGCAAAGGUGAAUGGACAUCACCAAGUCCAACGUCUGGCAAGGUCACGGGUAACACGCCGCCUUCGCUUCGAUGCCAGUUUCUCGACCCGCUUCGUCAGGGCCUCAGGAGGAUUGGGCGCUUGGGUCUGUUGCAUUCGCCGCACAUUUUUACAAAACGCACCAAAGAGACGUACGGCUUGGUACGCAUUCCGUUCCUGGACGUCGGCGGGAUCCGCGAUGAACGUCAGGCCUGGCUCAGGGAAGCAUUUGCUGCACUUGUCGAGCAGGUUGAUGCCAUGCAAGGCCUUACGCCGAUCAUUGUGCUCACAUCCAUCGCUUCCAGGUCCUCCAGCGACAAGGUCGGCUUGUCCGUGACGGUCGCAAACCAGACGACGAGGUUCACGCGCAUCUGA